AUGUCGGGUACGAGCAAAGUUUCUCUUUCUACACUACCAGUCGAAGUCGUCUACCGAAUACUUGAUCGUCUGGACAUUAUUACGAUCUUAUGUACAGCGCGUAAUGUAUGUCAACGGCUCAAUAAAAUCAUAUCUUCGUAUGAAAGAUACCAGGUUCUUACAACAGUGAAUCUUGAUAAUACUCCUAUCUCUAACAGCGAAACAUCCCUUCUGGCUGAUGCAUUGAAAAACAACACGGCGCUCAAGACGUUAAUUCUUAGCAUGAAUGAAAUUGGUGAUGAAGGUGUAAAGCAUUUGGCUAAUGCAUUGCGAAAUAACACAGCUUUAACCAAACUAUACCUUGCCAGCAAUAAGAUUGGUGAAGUUGGAGCAGAAUACCUAGCUGACAUGUUACAGCACAAUACAGGACUUGUCACGCUACAUCUUAGUUGUAAUCAGAUUAAAGACAACGGAAUAAAACAUCUGGCGGAUGCGUUACGAGUCAAUAAAACGUUGAUGCACCUGGAUCUAAACGGAAAUAAAAUAGGAAAGCAUGGAGCGAAAAGUUUGGCGGAUGCAUUACAAUGCAAUGAGAAACUGACAACACUAGAUCUGCAAAAGAAUUAUAUUGGAUGUGAGGGAGCACAACAUUUGGCUAAUGCAUUGCUAAAUAAUACGACCUUAGUCGAAUUGAACAUUAAUAACAAUCAUGUUGGAUAUCAUGGAGCACAAUAUUUUGCUGGUGUACUACUUCAUAGCCCGACUCUACGCAUAUUGCACAUUGGUAACAAUGAAAUCAGAUUCGAUGGAUUAACAGCUCUAGCUGAUAUGUUAAGAAUUAACAAAACGCUGCAUACGUUAGACAUCGGCGGUAACCAGAUUUCAGAUAAAGAACGACAAUACCUCGAUGCUGAAGAGGCACGCCGUCUGGACGAUGAACAGGCACGCCGUCUGAACGAUGAACAGGCACGCCGUUUGGAAGAUGAACAAGCACGAUAUAUGGGUUCUGUAAAGACACAAUAUCUGAUCAUGCCACGAGCACCACGUCUGUAUAAUGCAGAAGCGAGAUAUACGGCUGGCGAAAAGACACAAUAUCUGAUCAUGGCACGAGCACCACAUCUGGAUAAUGCACAAGCGAGAUAUACGGCUGGUGAAAAGACACGAGAUCCGAACGAUGAAGCUGUUCGAUACCUAGCUGAUGCAUUACAAGAAAAUUCAACACUCACAACGUUAUUCAUUCCAAACAAUCAUAUCGGGCGUGUUGGAGCUCGCCAUUUGGCUGAUUUGUUAAAGAAAAACAGAGCAUUGCGUAUAUUACAUCUUCAGGGCAACAUCAUAAGCCGUGAAGGAGUACGAGACCUCAUCAAUGCGCUCAAAAAUAAUAAUACACUUAUCGAACUAGAGCUCGAAUUUAGGGAAGUCACCGACAAAAUGCCAAUUGACCUCGAUGAAUUGCUCGAACGGAAUAAACGACUUGCGAACAUCAAUACCGAUAAUCGUGAAUAA